AUGGGGAAACGUUUGAGGUACGAAGAGAACGCAGGGUUUCAGAAGUUCAAAGGCGUUGUUCCUCAGCAAAACGGGCAUUGGGGAGCACAAAUAUACGCAAACCACCAGAGAAUAUGGCUGGGAACAUUCAAGACGGAAAGAGAAGCCGCCAUGGCUUACGACAGCGCCACCAUCAAGCUAAGAAGCGGCGAAAGCCACAGAAACUUCCCGUGGAACGAUCAAACCGUUCAGGAGCCUUAUUUCCAGAGCUAUUACAGCACGGAAACUGUUCUUACAAUGAUCAGAGACGGUACAUAUCCCUCCAAAUUUACAUCAUUUCUUCAAAAUCAAAGCCAUAAAGAAGAAGCCACAGGAACAAUUUAUUCCCAUAAUACGCGCAUCAAGAUUCGAGGAGGAGAACAGUUUUCUUGCACGCAACUCUUUCAGAAAGAAUUAACGCCCAGCGACGUUGGGAAACUGAACAGGCUUGUUAUUCCAAAGAAACAUGCAGUUACGUAUUUGCCCUUUGUUGAUGGAAAUAACAAUAAUGCAAUGGAAGCAGGGGAAUUCGGCGGCGGUGGCGGCGGCGUUGAUGUGGAGGUUAUGUUUUACGAUAAGUUGAUGAGAUCGUGGAAAUUCAGGUACUGCUAUUGGAAGAGUAGCCAGAGUUAUGUGUUCACGAGAGGGUGGAACCGUUUCGUGAAGGACAAGAAACUCAAGGCUAAAGACGUCAUUGCAUUUUACAUGUGCGAGCCUGUGAAUAAUGAAGUUCAUCAGCACCGUCUGUUUGGGUUGAUCGAUGUGAUUUAUAAUAAUACGGAAAAUGUUGAAGCCACAAAACGAGAGGUAAUUGGGAAGAGUACUACUAGGUUAGCUUGCAGUGAAGUAGUUGUAGAAGAUAUGGAAGAAGAAGAUGAAGACAGAGAAGAAGAAGAAGAACAUAAAGUUGAUGGAAUGGAUUUGAAUCCACCACACAAAGGUGUGAAGCUAUUUGGCGUAUCUAUCAACUGA